AUGACCUCAGAAUUCCCUCGCGCCCUGGCCGGCCCCUCUUCUAAGGAAAGGAAGUAUGAUCGUCAGUUGCGGCUCUGGGCUGCUAGUGGACAGCAAGCCCUAGAGGAAACUCGGGUGCUUUUGGUCAACUCUGAUGGACCAUGGGGAAAGAGGAGCACGGGUGUAUCAGGCGUAGCCGGCGUCGAAACGCUUAAGAAUCUCGUCCUUCCAGGCAUUGGGGGCUUCACCAUUGUUGAUCCUGCCGUGGUUACUGAACCAGAUCUCGGAGUGAACUUCUUCCUUGAAAAUGAAAGCCUCGGCAAGUCAAGAGCCGAGGAGACAUGUCGAUUGCUGAAAGAGUUGAAUCCUGAUGUAGAGGGCAACUUCAAAUCCAAGCCCAUCGCGGAAAUUCUCCAAGAGGACCCCGGGUUCCUGACACAGCAUAAGCUGGUUUUGAUAUCGGGUCCCAUUAAGCAUUCAUCCUUGCAAUCUCUUUGCCGUGAUGCCAAAGCGCUAGGGAUCCCCGUCCUCUAUACGCGAUCUGUGGGAUUUUACUCUAUAUUUUCUCUUCAACUUCCAACUGUGUUUCCCAUAGUAGAGACCCACCCAGAUCCAGAAUCGACGCAGGAUCUCCGUCUCCUCAACCCCUGGCCGGAGUUGGCUGCGGCGGGUGCCAGUAUCACCAACCUAGACAGUCUUGAUGAUCAUCAGCACGGCCACGUACCAUACGUAUUACUACUCCUUCACUAUUUGGAGAAGUGGAAGGAGGCUCAUGGCGGAUCUGUUCCUUCCAACUAUAAGGAUAAAACAGCUUUUAGGGACUUCGUACGCUCCAGCGCGCGAACAAAUAACCCCCAGGGCGGCGAGGAAAAUUAUGACGAGGCUGUGGCCGCCGUGCUCAAAUCUCUUAACCCAUUCAAUCUACGCAGCUCCACCAGAGAAAUAUUCCAGCUGGAAGAAUGCAAGCAGCUGACCAUAGACUCUGCUGAUUUUUGGGUCAUUGCGUCUGCAGUGCGCGAAUUCUAUGAAAAGUACCAAGUGCUCCCUCUACCCGGCUCGCUGCCCGAUAUGAAAGCCCAAACGGCGGACUAUGUCUCACUACAAAAGAUAUACAAAACAAAAGCGAGGAAAGAUAUCACAGAAGUCACGGAGACCGUUCGAAGGAUUGAAUCUCAGUUACGACGCGCUGCUGGAGUCUCCGACAAGGAUAUUGAAAUAUUUUGCAAAAACGCUUCCCACAUCCAGGUGAUUCGUGGUCGUAAUAUCCCACAAGUGGAAGGGGAUUCACAAACGAAGAAACGUUUCCAGGUUGAGCUUGGUAACGAAGAAUCUCUUAUCCCUGUUGUUCUAGCAUUUCAGACCUUGGAUAUUGUGGUGACCGGGAUUCAAGAGGGGAGAUAUUCCGAGGCCGCCCUUGAUGAUGAAACAGUGUGGUCUUCUGAAAUCGAUCACAUUUUGGGUGCUAUUGCGGGGGGGGGUUCAGCGCCCAUUGACGAUAAAGCUAAGGGUCGAGUCUUGGAGGCUGCACAAGAGCUUCGACGAACAGAAGGCGGCGAGUUGCACAACAUUUCUUCCCUCACCGGCGGCUUAGUGGCACAGGAAGCUCUCAAAGUAAUCACUAGGCAGUAUGUACCUUUGGAUAAUACGUGCAUCUUCAACGGCAUCCACAGCAGCAGUGCCAUGUACAAGUUGUGA